AUGGCGCCCACACGACCCAGCAAGAAGAACAAGAAGCAGCAGCAAGCAACCGACGCCAAGAAGAUGGACCCCAAGGUGCUGCUCGAGGCAGCGUCGGCCAAGCUCGAGGAGGGCGACCUCGAGAACGCCCUCGGCGCGGCGACGGCGGCUCUCCAGGCGACGGGCCCCGGCGGCGAGCUCGAGCUGCUCUGCACCAACAUGAUCGGGCAGAUCUACGUCGAGGCCGGCGAGAUUGACGACGCGCGGGCGGCGUUCACACGGGCCGUGGCGCUCGACAGCGACGGGUCGGCGGACGAGGCGCGCGGCGGCGGGCCGGAGAAGUUUCUGUGGCUGGCGCAGCUCAGCGAGGACGGCGGCCAGGACAGCGUGCGGUGGUUCGAGCGGGGCGCGGCGGCGCUGCGGGCGCAGAUCCGGGCGCUCGACGAGACGGCGGGGCGGCGGACGGCGGAGCAGGAGGCGCUGCUCGAGGCGCGCAAGCGGCGGCUCGCCGGCACGCUGUGCGGCGUCGCCGAGGCGCUGCGAGGCGCUCGUCACCCGAGGGCGACGCUCGUGGCCCCCGGCCUCGCCGAGGCCUGGCAGACGGUCGCCAACGUGCGCAUCUCGCAGCACAAGACGGACGAGGCCCGCGCCGCCCUCGCUCGCAGCCUCGACAUCUGGCGCGGCCUGCCCGUCACCCACCCGGACGUGCCCGACUUUCCGACGCGCGUCAGCCUCGCGCGGCUGCUGCUCGAGGUCGACAUGGAGGAGGAGAGCAUCGAGGUGCUCGAGAAGCUCGUCGGCGACGACGACGAGAGCGUCGAGGCCUGGUACCUCGGCGGCUGGGGCCAGUACAUCUCGGGCGACAAGCUGAAGCAAGACGAGGCCGAGGGCACCAAGUCGACGACGACGACGGCGGCGGCCGCCGGCGCCGACGAGGAUGACGACUGGCGCGCCGUGUGGCGGUCAGCGCGCCAAUGGCUGACCGUCUGCCUCAAGCUCUACGAGCAGCAGGAGUACGAGGACGAGAAGCUCGGCGAGCACGCGAGGCAGCUGCUCGAGGCCAUCACCAAGGAGCUCGGCCCCGCGGCAGAGAACGAGGCGGACGAGGUGUGGGAGGACGACAGCGAUGACGAGGAGGAGGAUCAGGAGAUGGCGGGCUGA